UCCGUUGCCUGGACAAGCGGCUCCUCCGCACGAGCUAUCCCACACCCCAUCUCACCUCCUCCUUCUUAACCCUCCCUCACCCUCUCUCACUCCACAUUCCAUCCCCCUCUCCCCCAAUCCAUCAUCAGCUGCUUCUUCCGUCACUGGUAGAAGCUCUUCCUCUUCUUCAAUCACAUAUAGCUACGGCUCUGGAAGCUUAGCACACCCGCCACCAUGAAGGUAGCCACCUCAGCGCUGCUCGUUGGAGCGGCCGCUGCUGUUGCGCCCCAGCAGCAGCAGGUCCUCAAGUUCCCUAGCUCCUUCAGCGAGCUCAAGGAGUCUUCGUGGGCCAAGGGCAUGCACAACCUCGAGGAUAGUCUCAAGUCGCUCACUGGCGAGGCGCGCGCCAUCUGGGACGAGGUCGCCAUGAUGUUCCCUGAGAGCUUCGAGAAGGCCGCCUUCUUCUCCCAGCCCAAGCCGCAUACCCGCAAGCCCGACAGCGAGUGGGACCACAUCAUCAAGGGCGCCGACAUCCAGAGCGUCUGGGUUGAGAAUAAGAACGGCGAGAAGGAGCGCGAGAUCGACGGCAAGCUCGAGCAGUACAGCUUGAGGGCCAAGAAGGUCGACCCCAGCGUUCUCGGCGUCGACAAGGUCAAGCAGUACUCUGGCUACCUCGACGAUGAGGAGGAGGACAAGCACCUGUUCUACUGGUUCUUUGAGUCGCGCAAUGACCCCAAGAACGACCCCGUUGUCCUCUGGCUCAACGGCGGACCCGGCUGCUCCUCGCUGACCGGUCUGUUCAUGGAGCUCGGUCCCGCGUCCAUCACCAAGGACCAGAAGAUCAAGAACAACCCAUACUCGUGGAACAGCAAUGCUUCCGUCAUCUUCCUUGACCAGCCCGUCAACGUCGGAUACUCAUACUCGAGCGGCUCAGUUAGCAACACUGUUGCUGCUGGCAAGGACAUCUACGCCCUACUCACCCUCUUCUUCAAGCAGUUCCCCGAGUACUCGCACCAGAGCUUCCACAUCUCUGGCGAGUCUUAUGCUGGUCACUACAUCCCUGUCUUUGCCUCCGAGAUCCUUUCCCACAAGAAGCGCAACAUCAACCUUCAGUCCGUUCUCAUCGGUAACGGUCUGACUGAUGGUCUUACUCAGUACGAGUACUACCGUCCCAUGGCCUGCGGUGAGGGUGGCUGGCCUGCCGUUCUUGACGAGUCUCAGUGCCAGGCUAUGGACAACGCCUACCCCCGCUGCGCCAGCCUCAUUGAGAACUGCUACAACUCUGAGUCUGUCUGGUCCUGUGUUCCCGCUUCCAUCUACUGCAACAACGCCAUGAUUGGUCCUUACCAGCGCACUGGCCAGAACGUCUACGACAUCCGCAAGCCAUGCGGCAGCAACUCGCUCUGCUACGACGAGCUUGAGUGGAUUCAGGGCUACCUCAACAAGAAGGAGGUCAUGAAGGCUGUCGGUGCCGAGGUCUCCGGCUACGAGUCUUGCAACUUCGACAUUAACCGCAACUUCUUGCUCCAGGGUGACUGGAUGAAGCCCUUCCACCGCGUUGUCCCUAGUAUCCUCGCCGAGAUCCCUGUCCUUAUCUACGCCGGUGAUGCUGAUUACAUCUGCAACUGGCUCGGUAACAAGGCCUGGACUGAGGCUCUUGAGUGGCCCGGUGCUAAGGACUACAACAAGGCCGAGAUGAAGGACUUCAAGAUUGACGGUGACGGCAAGACUGUUGGACAGGUCAAGUCCAGCGGUAACUUCACCUUCUUAAAGCUUCACGCUGGUGGCCACAUGGUCCCCUACGACCAGCCCGAGGCUUCUCUCGAGAUGCUCAACAGGUGGUUGGGCGGUGAGUUCUGGAAGUCAUCCUAGGUGCUUCCACACGAAACAGUAUUAGGAUGAAAUUGUUAUGAUUGGAUGUAGAUAUAUGGCGAGCGGAAUAGUUCCCAAUUCGCUUGUCGUUGUAUUAUACGAAUUCGCAUUUCGUAGUCAUGUCCUUAAUGGAUGAAAGAAAUAAUCCAAUUAUGUGCUACUUUAAUCCCAAGUUUCCGCCUUACAGCUAAGUCCAUAUAACACCCAGCAAUGGAAAUAUGCUGCCCUAUGGUCCAUCGCUACUACCAGCACAACGUAAUGCACAGACCUUGGUCGCAAACAAUCCCAACUCCACUACUACACACUUCGCAUACCAUCAUCUCUACUCUAUC